GGACCAUAAUUGGUGGGGGGAAAAUUUUUCUGGGUGGUGUUAAUUUUUUGUGUCCUAGAUAUCUUAUCUGAUAAAAAUAUCAAGAUCUGAAAUUAGUUGUAUUGAGUAUAUCAUCUUGUCGUUAGAGAUGGCAGAAGAUGGGAAGUUCCGAAUUGAGAAAUUCGAUGGUACAGAUUUCAGUUGGUGGAGAAUGCAAAUUGAAGAUUUGCUGGUUCAGAAAGAUUUGGACGUGGUAUUGGGUGACAAGCCAGAAAAGAUGUCGGAUGCAGAUUGGGCAGGUUUGGAUCGGAAAGCAAUGUCCGUGAUCCGUCUCUCGUUGACCAAGAAUGUUGCGUUCAACAUUCUGAAGGAGAAGAUAGCGAAGGGAAUUAUGGAUGCGCUGUCUAACAUGUACGAGAAGCCAUCUGCAGCGAAUAAAAUUUUUCUGAUCAGAGAGCUGGUGAACACAAGAAUGAAAGAAGGCACUUCUGUUACCGAGCAUAUCAAUAAGCUGAAUUCGAUCUUAGCCAGACUUUUGUCAGUGGGCAUUAAGUUCGAUGAUGAAGUUCAAGCUUUGCUACUGCUAUCGUCUUUACUUGAUAGUUGGUCCGGAACGGUUACAGCAGUUACCGGUUCAGUGGGACCCGAUGGAUUCACCUUUGAUCAGAUUCGAGAUCUCAUUCUUGGCGAGGAUGUCAGAAGAAAGAGUUCAGGCGAGUCAUCUGGUGAAUUGCAUCAUGUUGGUAGAGGCAGAAGAUAUAGCAGAGGUAGUGGGAGCAAGAACAGACGAAGGAGUCAAUCGAAGACUCGAGAUAGCUCAGGCGUAACAUGUUGGAAGUGCAAGGAGGUGGGGCAUUUUAGGAAUCAAUGUCAAAAAGAGGAUAAGCAAGCAAACAUUGCUGAACGCUCCGCGAGCGACGAGGAUUUGUUUAUCUAUUGUGCGGAGAGCAAUGUGGAUUCUUGGGUCAUAGAUUCUGGUGCUUCAUUUCAUGCUACCCACAGCGGUGAAGAAUUGCAGAAUCUAGUUGUUGGGGACUUUGGAAACGUACGACUAGAGGACGACAGAGCUCUUGAUGUGACGGGCAUGGGUGACAUAGUGCUGAAGACCGCAGUCGGUUUCUGGACUUUGAAGAAAUGUUUGAUUUCUGUCAGGCAGUUGGACGAACAAGGACACGAGGUGAAGUUCGGAAACGGGCAGUGGAAGGUUGUGAAGGGAAAUCUUGUCAUGGCCCGUGGAAGGAAGAGAGGUUCGUUGUAUAUGGUCGAGUUACCAUCUGAGGGAGUGAGCGUCCCAGUUCAGAAGAAUAACGAAGUCCGGUUCACAGAGUCUCGUGGGCAGAAUAAGGUUGUCUGUGCAAGAGAGAAACCUAGAGCCACUGGUCAGACUCAGGAUGAACGACCGUGGAAAGGUUCAAGGGGGUCAAUCAGAGGUAUUUGUGGCAGUGGGAGCUCAAGAGGCGCUUCAGCCAAGUUGCCUAGAAGACAGUGGGUCAGGAGAACCAGUAUUCCAGCUGUUGGAACAUCUCCAGAAAAUUUCUUGCUGAGUAUGGAGAGUGUUUGUUCUCAGGAUGUUCCAGGAUCCGGCAGUGUGCGUCUACAGUGGGAGCCGGUAGGGACCGAGGACGAGUCGGGGGCAGAUUUUGCCGUGACUGAUGUGUUGGAGCUUGGGAGAGCUUCAACGGGCCUUUCAGUUGUCUGAUGAUAGGGCCGCUGCAACAGGAGAGCUGAGGAAGAUUACUCGAUGUACAGGGAAUCGUGGUGGAUGGCAGUUGAUGACUAUCAAGCCUCCAAGUGGGAGAAUGUUGGGUUUGUGGAGGCUUGGGCUUGACUUUUGGCCCGGCCCAUGUUACGAAACCCUAGAUGCACUCUUCCUAUAUAUAUUGCAUACUUGUACUUACAAUCGGCACCACAAGUGAAAUAAGAAAAUCCUCCUGUUGCAGCCGUGGAUUAGGGAAACUGAACCACGUUAAAUUCUUGUGUGUCGUUUGUGUUCCGUUUCUCUUGUUUCUCGCAGAUUAUUUGUGUGUGUUGUGUGCUUAUUCCUAACAAGAAGACCAGCGCAACUUUCCACUUCCUGAAAAGCAUCAUUUCAAGUUUAGUUGGAGUGAAGUUUCAAGUUC